AUGGCAGACCCCAUACCUGUGCACUUCUUCGACAUUGAGUCGACGCUUCCGCGGGACUUGAAACCAUGGUCCCCGAACACAAUCAAGACGCGCAUGGUCCUGAACUACAAGCGCAUUCCUUAUACCCAGUCCUACAUCUCCUACCCUGACAUCGCCCCUUUGCUCUCGAACUUGAAUGUCCCACCUCAUGAGGAGGGAGUGGCAUACACCCUUCCAACCAUCUGUCACCCGCCGACUGUGAUCUCCAAUCCUAAUGGCGCUUUGAUGGACUCGUUUGCCAUCGCAACGCAUCUGGACCAGGCCUUUCCAUCCCCACCACUAUUCCCAUCUCGAGAUGCCAGUUACGCCCUGGCGCUCGCGGUGAACAAGCUCAUCACCAAUGUAGUUUCGAAGUGCUCCGCCCUCAUCAUGCCCCGCGUGGCCGAUUUUCUGGACCCCAGAGGCCGGGAAUAUUUUAUUAAGACCCGGUCGGCAAGGUUUGGGAAACCUCUUUCAGAGGUCCUUCCCAAGGAAACGGACCAAAUACAGAUGAUUAUCGAUGCUGCGAAAGCAGAAAUGGCACCACUGGCACAGAUGCUGCGAGGUAGGCUGGGGAAGAAUGGACCUUUCCUUGAGGGUGAAACCCCCGGGUAUGCGGAUUUUCUGAUUGUCGCCCUCUUGGUUUGGUGCGAAAGAGGAGAUAAGAUGCUCUGGAAGGCCCUACUCAAUGUUGGGGAGGGAGAAGUUAAGGCGCUCUGGGACGUGUGUUUGCCAUGGGUGAACGGCCAGGGCGAAGACAAGGACUGGGAGAUUCUUCGUUGA